AUGUUAUUCAAGUCAUUAAUUUCUAGUGCCUUAUUGGCCACCAGUACAUUGGUAUCAUCUGUGGUUGCAGAUGAUUUACCAGAAAUCGAAGUUGUUGGUAACAAAUUCUUUUACUCCAACAAUGGUUCCCAAUUCUUCAUGAAGGGUGUUGCGUACCAACAAAACACUGCUAACUCAUCAGAUUCUUCUUUCGUUGAUCCUUUGGCCGACGCUGAGGCUUGUAAGAGAGAUAUUCCUUACUUGCAAGAAUUACAAACCAACGUUAUCAGAGUCUACGCUUUGAACGUUUCCUUAGAUCACACCGAUUGUAUGGAUAUGUUGAAGGAUGCAGGAAUUUAUGUUAUUGCUGAUUUAUCCGAACCAGAUGUAUCUAUCAACAGAAAGAGUCCAGAAUGGAACCUUGAAUUGUUCGACAGAUACACUGGAGUCGUUGACUUGUUCCAAAACUACACCAACGUUUUAGGUUUCUUUGCUGGUAACGAAGUUACCAACACCAAGAGUAACACUGAUGCUUCCGCUUAUGUCAAGGCUGCUAUCAGAGAUACUAAGGCUUACAUUAAAGCACAAAAUUACAGAACCAUUCCAGUCGGUUACUCGGCUAAUGAUGACUCCGACAUCAGAGUUUCUUUAGCUGACUACUUUGCUUGUGGUAGUGAAGAAGAAAGAGCUGAUUUCUUCGGUAUUAACAUGUACGAAUGGUGUGGAUCUUCCAGUUUCAAAACAUCUGGAUAUGAAUCAAUUACUAAACAAUACAAGAACUUGGGUAUUCCAAUUUUCUUCUCCGAAUACGGUUGUAACGAAGUUUCUCCAAGAAAGUUCCAAGAAGUUGGAACCAUUUACGGUAGUGACAUGACUGAUGUCUGGUCCGGUGGUAUUGUUUACAUGUACUUCCAAGAAGAAAAUGAUUACGGUUUAGUUUCUGUAUCUGGUAAUAGUGUUUCCACCUUGAAGGACUUCUCUUAUUUGAAAGCAGAAUUAGCUUCCAUUUCUCCAUCCGGUGUUUCAUCUUCUUCUAUUGGUUCUACUUCAGUUACUUCAUGUCCAACCUCUACAUCUAACUGGUCUGCUGCUACCAAGUUACCACCAACUCCUGACCAAGAUGCUUGUGACUGUAUGGCUGCAUCUCUUACCUGUAUUGUUGAUUCUGGUGUCGAUUCUUCUGAUUACGCAGAUUUAUUCGAUUAUGUUUGUGCCAAGAUUGACUGUGACGGUAUUAACGGUAACGGUACCACCGGUGAAUAUGGUGCUUACUCUCCAUGUUCUGACAAGCAAAAAUUGAACUUUGUUUUGAACUUGUAUUACGAAGAAAAUGGUUCUUCUAAGACUGAUUGUGAUUUCGACGGUUCUGCUACCACUCAAAGCGCUAAGACUGCUUCAUCUUGUUCCGCCUACUUGAAGUCUGCGGGUACUUCUGGUGUUGGAACUAUUUCUGGUUCUAUCCAAACAACCAAGCACACCGGUAUCACUGCUACCCUGACAGGUAGUUCUAAGUCAACUUCAAGUUCUGGUUCCGGUUCUAGCUCCAGUUCAACUAGUGGAUCAUCUAGUGGUUCCAACAAAAUCUCUUUAGGAUUAACUACAAAGAGUUUAUUGGUAGGUGCUGUCUCUAUUGUUGGUUUCGGUUUAAUUUUUGCCUAA